AUGUACUUCUCGGAACUUAAUUACCACACACUGGUCGCUUGCAUCGUGGGUUCAAUCUUCGCUUUUACCGCCGUAGUGCUAAACGUUUUAGUAAUACUCGCGCUGAGAAAUAUUCCUUCCUUGCCAAGAAAAACUCUGAAAACAUUGCUUCUGAGUAUGUCUGUCUCCGACCUUGGUGUUGGUUUGGUAGCGCAGCCACUAAACAUUUAUGUCCUUGUUAGCAACAUAAAAUUUCUUUGUCAGUCGUAUAUUCUUCGUGAUCACUUUGCUAUAUUUAACGCGCACAGAGUCGUGGGCAACGUCCUAACGUAUGCUUCGUUUUUUAGCAUCGUGGCGUUGAGUGCUGACAGAUUUUUGGUUAUACGCCUUCAGCUCCGGUACCAGGAUGCGGUAACUCAUAAACGCGUCAUCGCUGGGGUCAUUUCAUUUUGGCUGUUGAGUGCCUUCCUUCCGUUGUUUCGAUUUCUUGAGUGGCUCCCAGAGAACGAGAGUUUCAUUUUGUUUGUUACCAUUCAGUUCAUUUGUCUCAUCAUGUCAGGCCUGUUUUACUUCAAGAUUUUUUUAGCCUUGCGACAGCACGCAGCCCAAGUUCAAAACGUGCCAGUUGAAUGCGGAGAGAGGAUUGAAGCGGUAAAUGCAGCAAGAGAGAGAAAAGCUGCAUUCGGCGUAUUUUAUGUGUAUCUCACAUUUGUGGCUUGUUACCUACCACAGAUUUGUUUCAAUAUUGCCGCAAAAAUAAUUGAUAUUGAGCGACCUAUUUUGGAAUAUAAA